GCGGGACAAGCGGCUAAAGGGAAUCGACAGGUUCAUCGUGGGAUGAUUGGGAGCGGAUCCACCCCGUGGAUUUGGACAUUUUUACGACCGCAGAGGAGAAAAGCCCGUGGAAGGAAAGCGCAACCUAAGCGAGCGCCACCCCUUCGUAUUGAUCUCGUUGCCGGCUGCUCAACAUGGCGCCGGGGGUGGCGUUCACGAUCGGUCUGAUCCUCGUCGUCGGACACCUACACCAGGGGCCAGGAAUCCACGCCAAGACCUUCAGCUUCCCCGAGUACCCGUACAAGGAGACCACCAAAAAUGAACUUCUCUUCAGGCAGUACGAGCAGACUUGCGAGGAAAGCGGCGCUUGCAAGAUGCUGCCACCGCAGAGUACUAUCGCUAAAACCAGAUGCAUCCGCGAAUGCGUUUCGCCGUCCUGCUACAAAGAAAUCUACUUGUUCGACCAGCUUGAAGAAGGGGAGAUCGACGUGAGAUUAAACUCCUUCAAGGGUUGCUUCAUGCAGCGCAACGGGCGGCCGCGGAAGUAACGCAAGCCCAGCCCGGAACGAGAAGUCGAAACGACGCUCAGAAGAGAGGGGGGGAACUAUACCAAGCCAUCCAUAACACAAAAUCGCAAAAGCCAAAGGCGCGCAGCGCUUCCCGAACAGCUCCGAGUGGUUUUAGGGAGAUUAGAGAUACGAGGAGCGCGAUUAUACUAGCGAUACAACCGAAAUAAAUAUAAUGCUAUAUUUCAGAAUCACAGAAGCGCACGCGUCCACACGCGGACGAACGCGAAUUCGUCCUGGAUAAUCUUUUUCUACUUUUUGUACGCACGUAUUGCCAUGUUGAAGUAAUGUUACGAACGAUGUUGCACGGGUAAAAUAAACUGUUAAAACAA